GCUAGAUUAAGAAUAACAGGGUACAGUAGGUGGCGGUAUGCGCUCCGUUUUAGGUUGCGAUCCGCCCGGAUACCCAAAGUAGAAAGUAGUAGUUUCAACCGUACAGUAGGUGGCAGUCUGUGGUUGAUGGCAGUAUGCACAUUCAAACCUGUAACAGAAGAAAAGUGUCCGCUGGCAGAUGGCCUCUUCUGCUCCUCCUACUCUUUUUCUAAUGUCUCAAUAAUUUCCUCCGCUCCGAAAUUUACAGAGUAGAAAGCUUAUGUGCCAAUCCUUCUGGAGAAAAACCAAAGGAGCCUAAACUGUCAUGAGUGUUUUCUGUAGCUUUCUUUGGAAAGGACUUUUCUGCGGAAGGGCAACAUGUCGGUUCCGACAUCAGGAUGUCUGUGGUGGUGUGCCGUUGAUGGCUCGUGCAAUUGGCUCGGUCAGCCCAGUGAACCUGACCUAUGACGUGUUUGAUGGGACAGGGGAUGGCACUCCACUGGUUUUCCUCCACGGUCUGUUCGGCAGCAAGUCCAACUUCCACUCUAUAGCCAAGUCCCUGGUGCAGAGGACAGGCAGAAAGGUGCUGACGGUUGACGCCCGUAACCACGGUACCAGCACACACAGCCCCGACCUGACCUACGAGGCGAUGACCAAUGACCUGACGCAUCUGCUCGCCCAGCUGCACAUCGGGAAGUGUGUCCUGAUUGGCCACAGCAUGGGGGGCAAGGUCGCCAUGACGACGGCCCUCUCGCAGCCGGGCCUGGUGGAGAGGUUGGUGGUGGUGGACAUCAGCCCGGCCCAGACCACCACCCGCACCAACUUCCACUCCUACAUCCAGGCCAUGAAGGAAGUGAAGAUCUCCAGCGACCUGCCUCGCUCCACCGCCCGCCGCAUGGCUGAGGACCAGCUACGCAAACUGGUCAAGGAGCGCUCAGUGCGCCAGUUUCUACUCACCAACCUGGUGGAGCAGAACGGAGAAUACACCUGGAGGGUCAACCUGGAAGCCAUCGCCGCACACCUUGAUGACAUCAUGAGCUUCCCUAGUUUUGACACAACCUUUGAGGGCCCCACCCUCUUCCUGGGCGGGGCCAGUUCUGCCUACAUCAGUUCUGAGGACUACCCAGAGAUCCAGAGGUUGUUCCCCUGUGCCGACAUCCAGUACAUCCCAGACGCCAGCCACUGGAUCCACGCUGACAAACCCCUGGACUUCAUCAGCUCCAUCAGCUCCUUCCUGCAGCCCUAACGCUAACCUCCUCCAGCCCCCUCCACCUGCCACCUUCUACCUGCAGGAAAACCGCCGGCCUUUAACAUUAUUCAGCCUGCUACGGCAUUGCACAAAGCCGCCAUCUCUCAUCCACUGCAGGAUAAGCACAAGCUUGGAAAGGCAUUACUAAAGGCGUUUCCCCGCACUUGUUGGAAGUUCCAAAUGAACUCUAAAAGUUCCGGAGCGCUUGUUUGUUGCAUCCUUGCGGUGUUGUGAGGAUAAUGUGAAAGGCCUGUGCCGUUCCACCCCAAUCACACCUGGAUCCACCUCUUAAAACAGCCAGUGGGCGGAGCUUCAAAUCAGAGAGGGCGAAGCCACCUUGUUAGACAAUGGUCUUGUUGCUUACCCUAGACCAAACCUCCCCAUUUCUCUCCAUGCUGUCUAUAUAACCAUCUUGCGUUGCACUUAAUCACCAUCUUGGAAUGCACAAAGGUUGAGUGAACAUGUAUAUUAGUGUACCUAAUACAAAAUAUUUAAUUAGUAGUUGGCUAGUUAGUGAAGCGAUUAGAUGUGGCGCUAGAUAGCUUAGUUAAUUGAUUGAAAGUUUAUUUUUAAAUUUAUUGUAAUUUUAGAGGUGAAUUACUAAUCCAAAGAUCCUCUCGUUGUUGCACAGUACCUUUUCUCACUCUUUGUAAUCAGGUUACUGUAUAUUAACAUUGUAGAAAGGCUGUAAGCCUGGUCUUAUUGAUAUAUGUAUGUAUGUGUGUGUGUAAACAUGUGUGCGUGUGUUUGUAUAUUUAUGUCUGAAGCUGUUCUCUAUAUAUCUGUGCCUACCUCUCUUAUCCUAAAUUAUGCGCAAGUCAACCGUAGUGCAAAGUAUGGGGAAGGAAUAGAGUCCCUCAUUCAUUUGAGCCAGAUACAGAACAGUGCAAACCCUAUGGAGAUAUUGGUGUGUUGCAGCUCGACUGUCUCCUUUGUUUAGGUAAGCCAGAAGGGUGAGUUAGUAGGUUCCCAUUUUUAAUUAGUUGUCUGAGGUCCACAAUCUGAUUUGAUUUAAAUACAUAGAAAUGGAACCAGUUUUAUUGAUUGGAAACAUACAUUCCAAAUCUAUAGUUCAGUUGGAGUCCUGAUGUAUACCACUGGAUCUGUAGUUCAGUUGGAGUCCUGAUGUAUACCACUGGAUCUGUAGUUCAGUUGGAGUCCUGAUGUAUACCACUGGAUCUGUAGUUCAGUUGGAGUCCUGAUGUAUACCACUGGAUCUGUAGUUCAGUUGGAGUCCUGAUGUAUACCACUGGAUCUGUAGUUCAGUUGGAGUCCUGAUGUAUACCACUGGAUCUGUAGUUCAGUUGGAGUCCUGAUGUAUACCACUGGAUCUGUAGUUCAGUUGGAGUCCUACGGGAGGCUGCAUCCACACCGACUGAUAAAUUCUGAUGGGGAUUUUUUUCCCCCAUUAUUUGGUGUUCUGACCAGUCAGCUGUGGAGGAGUAUCUUGUGAUAUGAUGUGAUUGGUAAAAAAAGAAAAGGCUUCCUGUCCCCUACGCUGUAUGUUAUCAGAUUUAUGAUGUAAAAGAUAAAAACCUAUCCAACAAGACAGGCCCUUAUUCAUAAUGCUGGAUAAAAAAAAAUCCAGUUACGCCUGGCCUGUAGCCAAGCUAAGCCGAGGGAAUGCAAAGUACGGCUUCGGUACUGCGUCUCUUGGCCGGUGGUUAUGAUCGCUGAUCUAGGAUCAGUCUUUCCAUGCAACUCAUCAUGAAUAUACAGGGGCUAUGUGAUCCUCAAUCAGCCUUUCUACUCCUGAAAGCUUUGUGAAUUGCUCUAGUACAGACUGAGCUGAUAUGGACAUUUUAGCUGCUAAUGGUUGGGGAAGGAAUUUUCAGAGCCCCCAGAAUGAAAUGCAAAAGGCUUCUGUCUGUAAUACAUUUUAAAGAUGGUGUGGUUGCCCUUUUAAGGAUGGCAUUUUCUAAGCGUGUGCUAUUUUUGGAUUUAGCCAGAGAGGAGAACAAAAGGAUAGCAUGGCUUUUUGGAGAUAAAAUAAGACAAUGAGUUAAGAUAAAGCAUGCAAAAUGUUUAGGCUCUUGGCUGGGGACAAAACAGUGUAAACUGUUUGUAAAUCUGACUCUUAAUCUUUAGAAUUUAUUGCAGUAUUUGUGCAAUGCUAUUUUGUGUCAUAAUACUCUUAGAUUACAUGUACUGUAUCUGAUUUUCUAGUUUUUACGGUGUGAUGUCAUUCAGAUAGCUAGCCACCUAGCUACAUUUCUAUGCCAGUAACCACUACUGAAGUUAUAGCUUUCCAGGUACUGUAUUAUCAAAUGCUCUCUCCUGCAUCUCCCAGGUUGGUCUACCCCAGGGGUGUGCUUCUCUGGUACUGCUAGAAGUGCAGGGCUUUGUUAUAGCACUGAACAGAUGUUUAAAUUGCGCAUUAAAUUAGCGUUGUGUACUCACCACCCCUGUUGCAGCAGCGUUCCUCAUGGAGGAUGGAAAUUAGAAGCAGGAAUUGAAGCACCACUACUUCCAGCAGAUAUUUUUGUAGACCCCUGCUCUAGACUUAGGUAAUAUUCUCUACUCGUUUCUUGUUAAUGCCCAUUUUGUAAAAGUCAUACUCUGUUGUUUGUGAUCGAUCUACUCAAUAUCUAAAUGGUCAGUUAGUAAAAUGUAUUAAUCACAUUUUCAGUAAUGUUAAUGAAAAUGACCAAAUGGGUCUCAACUGUUGGUUCAUGACUCAAAUUAGGGUCAUGGUAGGUUUUCAAUGGGAUUGAGAAACAGAAGAUAAAGUGUUUGUAAAUUAUAAUCGACCUACAAUAUUAACGUUUAUCCUAUGACUUAAAAAAUAACUGUUGCUGUAUUUUAAAUAUAGAACUAUAAUUAGCAACUGUCUUUAGCAUAUUUUGUCUGAAACAUUCAUGAAGAAUUUGUGCAAAUACAGGAUUAUUGAAAAUUUCUGUCUAAUGCUACAUUUGCUGUCAAUAUAGCAUUAAAUAUAGUUUUCCAGAUAGUGUUUCUGCCAGGAAACAAACAAUGUUCAAUUCAGGUCAACAGAAAAACAGUUGAGUACCACUCUUAAGAAUAAACGGGUAUUCAUCAGAAAUGCUACGGAAAAAACUUCUGUUCUGUAGUUUAAUAUCAGAUAUUCUCUUCUAUGCUUAGGUUUUUUUUUUUUAAUGAAAUGUAGAAAUUACAGUCUGACUGUGAUACUACUAUACAGAAGGUUUGUUUGGUUAGUGUGUUCAGCUCUGAUGGUUUUGUCUUUGAUCUCUUUUUCAUGUCUGUAAAACAUUGUAUGAAAGGUUUACUCUAUUAGCCAAUAUCUUUGAGAAUGGCUUCUCUGUGCUGCCAGUUAAUAUUGUUAUCACAGGGACUCAAGUGGGUUGUAUUGUGGUGUGCUAGGUUUGUUCAUUUUGUAAAGUAGAGUAAAAAUAGUAGCAUCUACACUGUAUGCCAGGUUUGAUUAAGUAUGGACAUAAUGGUUUGAAGUUGUCAUCAUUUGUUUCAACUGAAAUGGCUUUGUGUUUGAGUAGCUUAACUUCACCAUAUGGUUUCACAACAUGGUUGGGGUCAGAUGCAGGUUUAUUUAGCCUACCUGGAAACCAGAUGGUUGGGGUUAGGGCCUUUUGGGACUGAUUUCCACUGUUCUAUUAACAAUGUAUAUGCUACAUCAAGUGCACAACGAAUGAAUUUCCACCCAUGUCUAAGGGUGAAUGUUAAUGUGUUUUGCCAUUAUAAAAAUGACUGACGAUAUAACAGUGUAUAGUAUUGUGUAUUUUAUUAUAAGCAUGUCUUGUCGUCCUUUUGCAUUUCAACCUGUCUUUUAGUUCUAAAACAUUGCCAUAGUAACAUUCAUUCUAAUACAUGGCACAACAUGAAUGUGAAUAAUUUUUAGUUAUGUCAGAUUACAUGUGAAUAAUUGAGAUAUACAGUAUAUUGAAAGUUAUAAAUGGUGUAACUGAUAAAUAAAAUUGAAAAUGAAAAUA